CGCCGGACCUCGGCAGUGAAGCCCGUGACUUCGGGAUCGGAAACGCGGGAGUUGGCGCGGCGGAGCCAUGGUGGGCCACCUGAGCGAAGGGGCCAUUGCGGCCAUAAUGCAACAGGGAGAUACAUCCAUAAAACCCAUCCUCCAAGUCAUUAACAUCCGUCCCAUUACUACAGGGAAUAGUCCACCCCGUUAUCGACUGCUUAUGAGUGAUGGGUUGAACACUCUGUCCUCUUUCAUGUUGGCAACACAGUUGAACCCUCUUGUUGAAAAAGAACAAUUGUCUAGCAACUGUAUUUGCCAGAUUAACCGAUUUAUUGUUAACACGCUGAAAGAUGGAAGGAGAGUAGUUAUUUUGAUGGAGUUAGAGGUUUUAAAAUCAGCAGACGCAGUUGGAGGAAAGAUUGGCAAUCCAGUGCCCUAUAAUGAAGGACACGGGCAGCAGCAGGUAGCUGCUUCUCCGGCCUCAGCAGCCAGUCCACCAACCAGCAAGCCCCAGCAACAGAAUGGGAGCUCAGGAAUGGGUUCCACUGUAUCCAACCCUUAUGGUGCCUCAAAGAUAUUUGGAAAAGCCGGAGGAGCGAGCCUCGCGAGCAGUUCCGGGGGCACACAGGCCAAGGUGGUGCCCAUUGCCAGCCUCACCCCUUACCAGUCCAAGUGGACUAUUUGUGCUCGUGUUACCAACAAAAGUCAGAUCCGUACCUGGAGCAAUUCCCGAGGGGAGGGGAAGCUUUUCUCUAUAGAACUAGUCGAUGAAAGUGGUGAAAUCAGAGCUACUGCUUUCAACGACCAAGCCGACAAGUUCUUCCCCCUCAUUGACGUGAAUAAGGUCUAUUAUUUCUCUAAAGGCACCCUGAAGAUUGCUAACAAACAGUUCACAGCUGUUAAAAACGACUAUGAGAUGACCUUCAAUAAUGAGACUGCUGUCCUGCCCUGUGAAGACGGUCGUAAUUUGCCUACCGUUCAGUUUGAUUUCACAAAGAUUGAUGACCUAGAGAGCAAACCGAAGGACUCGCUUGUAGACAUAAUCGGGAUCUGCAAGAGCUAUGAAGAUGCCACGAAAAUCACAGUGAAGGCUAACAACAGAGAAGUUUCUAAGAGAAAUAUCUAUUUGAUGGACAUGUCAGGGAAAGUGGUGUCUACUACUCUGUGGGGAGAAGAUGCUGACAAAUUUGAUGGUUCCAGACAACCCGUGAUGGCUAUCAAAGGGGCCAGAGUGUCUGAUUUUGGUGGACGGAGCCUCUCUGUACUGUCUUCAAGCACAGUCAUUGUGAACCCUGACAUCCCAGAGGCCUAUAAGCUUCGUGGAUGGUUUGACUCAGAAGGACAAGCGUUAGAUGGUGUUUCCAUCUCAGAUCUAAAGAGUGGAGGAACAGCCGGAAGCAGCACCAACUGGAAGACCUUGUAUGAGGUUAAAUCGGAGAACCUGGGUCAAGGUGACAAGGCAGACUACUUCAGCUCCGUGGCGACAGUGGUAUAUCUUCGCAAAGAGAAUUCGAUGUAUCAGGCCUGCCCGACUCCGGACUGCAAUAAGAAAGUGAUUGAUCAGCAGAAUGGAUUAUACCGCUGUGAGAAGUGCGACCAGGAAUUUCCCAAUUUUAAGUACCGCAUGAUCCUGUCAGUGAAUAUUGCCGAUUAUCAAGACAAUCAGUGGGUCACCUGCUUCCAGGAGUCUGCAGAGGCCAUCCUGGGUCAGAGCGCGGCCUACCUGGGCGAGUUAAAGGAGAAGAACGAGCAAGCAUUUGAGGAAAUCUUCCAGAAUGCCAACUUUCGAUCUUUCAUAUUCAAGAUCAGGGUCAAACUAGAGACCUACAAUGAUGAGUCUCGAAUCAAGGCCACCGUGAUGGACGUGAAGCCCGUGGACUACAGAGAAUAUAGCAAAAGGUUGAUCAUGAACAUCAGGAGAAAUGCAGCACUGUGAGAAGAGCAAUGCUGAUUGGGCAGAAGUUUGAAAAUAAAGAGCUGAAUGAAAUUGAUUUCUUCUCACCUCCUGUGCCACAAUUUCACAUUAGCUUCGUGGCACCUAGAGCCUCUUUAUUGGUGGACUGAGCGAUUUCCUAUCUUACGUGCACCUUGCAACCCACUGGUAGACAAAGGAAACUAGGCUCAGGUGGCUGUGGUGUGAACGGUCAGACCCAGGGGGUCGGAUGGCGGGUAGUGUAGUACCAGUCACUUUCUCUGUCUUCAGACUUCUGUUGGUUUUAUUAGGAUUUCAUUACCUUCGAGCAGGAAUUAUGUCCCGAGUAACUGACCCUACAUCUGCGGAUGGCGAAAUAAAGUUUAUAACCAGAGUUUCUGCCUCUCCAGGAGCGACACCUUCACAGCCUGGGUCCCUGCUCGGGUGAGAGCGCCAAGAAGUGGUUGUGUGGGACCUGGGCGUCUCACUAAGCAUGUCUUCCCAGAAUUCAAAGGCUCCCUUUCUAGCGGGGCCACACGUUGGUAAUGCUUGGAAUGGCAAUAGGGUAGAAUUAUUCAUCAAAGACUUAUCUUUUAUAUCUGAAGAAUAUCCUUCCUUCGGGGUUUAAUAGACCAAGUCAGAUAGGUCUGAUAUUAAUCAAAAUCGUCUCUUCUGAGGAAGGCUGAUAAGCAUUGACUUGCUGUCCCCUAGGGACACCCAGGCAACUACAAAGCCCAGCUUUAGUUUUCACUUAAAUUAAUGUUGCAUUUCAGUUGGCGGACACACACUCCUUACCUAUACAUAUUCCUUGAUUAAGGCUCUGUUAAAUAGGGGAGAUUUUGAACAGAGUAGCCCUUGUUUCCCUU